GCUUCCAAAUCCAAGUGAAGGUUCAAGACUUUCAGAGUUUCGAGCAACUCACUCGUGCAAAUUCUCAUCAACAUGGUGUUCAUCACUAUCCCAAACCAGAAAACCCUAUCCCUAACCCUAGAUCCAAAUACCACAACCCUCCAUUCCCUCAAGCUCUCCAUUCACCGCCACACCCAAAUUCCCAUCCACCUCCUCCGAACCUUGUUCCUCUCCCACAGUCACCCUCUCCCUCCUCCAGAAUACGACGCCGUUGUCCUUCUCUCCGACCUCCGCGUCACUCCUCUCUCCACCCUCACCCUCCAUCUUCCUCUCCUCGGUGGUACCCAGCCACCCAACGUCCCACCCCCCAAGCCCAAGCUCGAGUUCCUCAAUUCCAAGCCCCCUCCCAACUAUGUCGCCGGGUUGGGUCGUGGUGCCACGGGAUUCACUACCCGCUCCGAUAUCGGUCCUGCCCGUGGCCCAGACCUCCCUGACCGCUCCGCUGCUGCGGUCGGUGGUCCCUCGGGGGUCGGUAGAGGCCGAGGGAAGCCCGGCGAUGAGGACGCCGAUGAAGCUGAAGACGCCGAAGAUAAGGGCUACGAUGAGAACCAGAAGUUCGACGAGUUCGAAGGAAAUGAUGUCGGCCUGUUCGCCUCGGCCGAGUAUGACGAGGACGACAAGGAAGCCGACGCCGUUUGGGAAGCCAUCGACAAGCGAAUGGACUCGCGGCGCAAGGACCGGAGAGAGGCACGGUUGAAACAGGAGAUCGAGAAGUACCGCGCGUCAAAUCCGAAAAUCACCGAACAGUUCGCGGAUUUGAAGAGGAAAUUGUAUACGUUAUCGACCCAAGAGUGGGAGAGCAUCCCAGAAAUUGGAGAUUAUUCCUUGCGAAACAAGAAAAAGCGGUUCGAGAGCUUCGUGCCGGUGCCAGACACGCUUCUAGAAAAAGCUCGACAAGAGCAAGAGCAUGUCACAGCAUUGGACCCCAAGAGCCGAGCUGCUGGUGGCACCGAAACGCCGUGGGCGCAAACUCCUGUCACGGAUUUGACAGCGGUGGGUGAAGGAAGAGGGACCGUGCUGUCGUUGAAAUUGGAUCGGCUCUCGGAUUCGGUUUCGGGACAAACCGUUGUUGACCCGAAAGGGUAUCUCACUGAUUUGAAAAGUAUGAAGAUUACGAGCGAUGCCGAGAUUUCGGAUAUCAAGAAGGCAAGGCUGUUGCUUAAGAGCGUGACUCAAACGAAUCCGAAACAUCCGCCGGGUUGGAUUGCCGCCGCCAGGCUUGAAGAGGUGGCGGGGAAGAUUCAGGCGGCGAGGCAGUUGAUUAAGGAGGGUUGCGAGCAGUGUCCAAAGAGUGAAGACGUGUGGUUGGAGGCCUGUAGGCUAGCGAGUCCGGAAGAGGCCAAAGCGGUCAUCGCGAAAGGCGUCAAGUCCAUACCCAGUUCGGUUAAGCUCUGGCUGCAGGCAGCGAAAUUGGAGAACGACGAUGUGAAUAAGAAGAGCAGGGUGUUGAGGAAAGGGUUGGAGCAUAUACCAGAUUCAGUUCGUCUAUGGAAGGCGGUUGUGGAGCUCGCGAACGAGGAGGACGCGAGGUUGUUGCUUCAUAGGGCGGUGGAAUGUUGUCCGUUGCAUGUAGAACUGUGGCUGGCGUUGGCGAGGUUGGAAACGUAUGAGAGUGCUAAGAAGGUGCUGAAUAGGGCCAGGGAGAGACUGACCAAGGAGCCAGCGAUCUGGAUAACGGCAGCAAAGUUGGAGGAGGCAAAUGGGAAUACAGGAAUGGUGGGGAAGAUUAUAGAGAGGGGUAUAAGGGCAUUGCAGAGAGAGGGUUUGGAGAUUGAUAGGGAGGCUUGGAUGAAGGAGGCUGAGGCUGCUGAGCGUGCCGGGUCGGUAGUGACUUGCCAGGCCAUUAUUGCGAAUACAAUUGGGAUCGGGGUGGAGGAAGAGGAUAGAAAGAGGACUUGGGUGGCGGAUGCGGAGGAGUGUAAGAAAAGGGGUUCGAUUGAGACGGCGAGAGCUAUUUAUGCUCAUGCACUCAGUGUGUUCUUGACAAAGAAGAGCAUAUGGCUCAAAGCCGCGCAGCUUGAGAAGAGCCAUGGGACGAGGGAAUCCCUUGAUGCUUUGCUUCGUAAGGCAGUUACUUACCGUCCUCAGGCUGAGGUUUUGUGGCUUAUGGGUGCUAAAGAGAAGUGGCUUGCUGGAGAUGUACCUGCGGCGCGGGCAAUUCUUCAAGAAGCUUAUGCUGCUAUUCCCAAUUCUGAGGAGAUUUGGCUUGCGGCGUUUAAGCUUGAAUUUGAGAAUCAUGAACCUGAGAGAGCUAGAAUGCUUCUUGCCAAAGCCCGAGAAAGAGGAGGCACGGAAAGAGUGUGGAUGAAAUCUGCGAUUGUGGAGAGAGAAUUGGGGAAUACUGAUGAAGAGAGGAGCUUGUUGGAUGAAGGGUUGAAACGCUUCCCUUCGUUCUUCAAAUUGUGGCUGAUGCUUGGACAGCUAGAGGAGAGGCUGGGUCAUUUGGAGAAGGCUAAGGAAGCUUACGAGUUGGGUCUGAAGCAUUGCUCUAGUUGCAUACACCUUUGGCUUUCUCUUGCUAAUCUGGAAGAAAAGAUGAAUGGGCUGAGUAAAGCUAGGGCGGUCCUCACCAUGGCCAGGAAGAAGAAUCCCCAGAACCCCGAACUCUGGCUUGCUGCAGUUCGAGCUGAAAUGAGGCAUGCCAAUAAGAAGGAAUCUGAUAUCUUGAUGGCCAAGGCAUUGCAGGAGUGUCCCAAUAGUGGUAUUUUGUGGGCAGCAUCGAUUGAAAUGGUUCCUCGUCCCCAACGUAAAUCCAAGAGUAUGGAUGCUCUCAAAAAAUGUGAUCAUGAUGCCCAUGUCAUUGCCGCUGUGGCGAAGUUAUUUUGGCAUGACAGGAAGGUGGAUAAAGCUAGGACGUGGCUCAACAGGGCUGUGACACUUGCCCCGGAUAUCGGAGACUUCUGGGCAUUAUACUACAAAUUUGAACUUCAGCAUGGGAGUGACGAGAAUCAGAAGGAUGUGCUGAAGAGAUGCAUUGCUGCAGAACCAAAACAUGGCGAGAAGUGGCAAGCAAUUUCGAAGUCUGUGGAGAAUUCACACCAACCGACUGAAGCCAUCUUGAAGAAAGUAGUGGUUGCACUUGGGAAGGAAGAGAACGCAGCUGAGAAUAGCAGACACCAAUUCCAGUAAGGUUGUAGUCUUCCGAUCCUGUCUUCUUGCUUUAUGCACCCAAAAUGUUUGUUUAUACAGAGAUUAGCAUGUGCCGCCUCCCUCUUAUCUCAUUAGCCUGUGUUACUUACUUACCUUAGGGGCCUUUAUGUUCAUCGUUGAGUUAGUAUAGUGGAGGUUCUAUUUUUUUUUUUUUUUUUUUCAUUGUUGAGAUACUAUAGUGAAGAUUUUUUAUUUUAAUGUUUGGAUCCCGCUGCUGUAUGUUUUUGCCUUAAUUUACAAGACUAGGUAUGAUUGUAA